AUGAAGGACGCGGUCAGUAACAUUUUAGAGCAAUUUAAUAAUCACUUUGGUAAAUACCCAAAAUUCGCCCAGUUUGAUCAAGGCACAGAGUUCUACAACAAGGAUGUAAAAUUAUUGCUUAAUAAACAUAACAUUGAGUUUUUCUCUACUUACUCAGAUAAAAAGGCCGCCGUUGUGGAAAGAUUUAACAGAACACUGAAAGCGCUAAUGUGGAAGUACUUUUACAGUGCCAGUACAUAUAAAUGGUUAAACGUCCUUCAAGACUUAACUGAUAAUUACAACAGUUCAGUGAAUAGAUCAAUUAAAACAACACCAGACAGUGUAAAUGAUUCCAAUUGGACUGAAGUAUGGAAGACACUUUUUAGACACAAUUUAGGCAAGCCGUUGGAACCAAAGUUUGCUGUGGGAGAAAGUGUUAGGAUUUCAAAGUACAAAUCAGUGUUCACAAAAGGAUAUGAAGCAAACUUCACAGAGGAAUUGUUCACUGUGACGGAAGUGUAUCACGGACAUCCAAACACAUACACAAUAAAAGACAGUGCUGAUGAACCGAUAAUUGGCAGAUUUUAUGAACAAGAACUGUAUAGCGCUGAAGGAAGGGAACCUGAUUUUAAGAUAGAGAAAGUACUAAGAAGAAGAACGGUGAAGGGUAAAAAGAUGGCUCUCAUUAAGUGGUUAGGUUAUGAUGACAAAUUUAACAGUUGGAUACCAGCUGGAGACAUCAAGUCCCUAACAUAG